AUGAACAGCCCAUGUAAACAUAUUGGUAGAAGUCAGCGAACAUUGUCGAAAACCCUGAAUAGUGUUGUUUAUGCGGUUAUCUUUCCUAAUAAUGCUAAAGCACGGGAAGUUCACGCUAGAUAUAUUAGGUGCAUUCAGUGCAAAACGCGAUUGAAUGCAUUGAUGUGUGCAUGCUGCCAGUGUUCAACUUUUGCAUGUUUAACACAUAUACAUGAUCAUCUGGCAACCAAAGAACAUCUCUUCGCAGUUUCUGUGGAAACAGGUUUUAUUUAUUGCUAUCAAUGUGGUGAUUUUGUAUACGACCAUCAGAUGGAGGAUGCCCGACGAGAUGCCGAAAAUGGUUGUCGACGAUCGCUGAACUUAAGUACCCGAAGUAUUUGGUAUCCAGGUGCAGCUGUUGUGGAUGUUUGUCAUGAUGAUCCUACUCGAAUGGUUCGCUUUUCGAGGAGUAGUAUCCGAGGUUUACGUGGACUGGUGAAUUUGGGAAAUACAUGUUUCAUGAACUGUAUUAUACAAGCUAUCGUACAUACACCACAUCUAAAGGAUUAUUUCCUCACUGAUCAGCACCACUGUGCUUCAUCGUCAUCUCAUAGCAAAGCUCAAUGUCUGAUGUGUGAGCUUGCCAACACUUUUCAGGAGUUUUACAAAGGCGAUGUUACACCUUACAAACCGAAUAGAUUUCUGAAUCUCGUCUGGACACAUGCUAGGCAUUUAGCUGGCUACGAACAACAGGACGCACAUGAAUUCUUUAUCGCUGCUCUUGACGUACUUCAUCGACAUUCCGGAAGCAGUUCACUUCCCUCUAUGCCAAAUGAAUGUAAUUGUAUUAUUGAUUGGAUCUUCACCGGAAAAUUACAAUCUGAUCUCACAUGCUCAAUCUGUGGGUGUGUUUCAACAACUGUUGACCCAUUUUGGGAUAUAUCGCUUGAUGUGGCGCAAGAAGUGUUACGUUCACCCAACAGCAGCUCCGGUUCACCACAGCAAAUUACUUUAGAAGAUUGCUUACAUAGGUAUAUAAUGCCCGAGCAUUUGGGAAGCAAUGCGAAGACGAAAUGUGCUCGUUGUGAGACAUACGAAGAAUCAACGAAGCAGCUCACUCUAAAAACUCUUCCAAUGGUUGCCUGCUUUCAUUUAAAACGUUUUGAACAUAGUCGCAAAGACCGGAAGAAAAUGGAUACUAAAAUCAAAUAUCCACAAUUCAUCGAUAUGACACCGUUCACGGCCUCAUUUCGCGAGCGUUCCGCCAGUACUCCAGAGAGCAAAACUAGUAUAGUCACUGACUUGCUCACAACGAAUCGAAACAAAUACGAACUGUUUGCAGUUGUGAAUCACUUGGGAACGAUGGAAAGUGGACAUUACACGUGCUACAUUCGGCACCAACGUAACCAGUGGUUUCAGUGUGAUGACCAAAAAGUUACGAAAGUACCGACAGAACGAGUCCUCUCUUCCCAAGGCUAUUUAUUGUUUUACCAUAAGUGUCAUGCUGAUUAUUAUUAA